GUUUGUAGAAAAUCGGCUAAUGUCAAGGAUCAUCCGCUAACCUCACCUGUUCACUUUGUGAAGAUGUGACAGCUUCAUUUCAAAUACCCCCGUUGUAUCGAAAAUGUAACUGCUGUGAUCUUGCCUAAACCUGAAAGAGAGUCUUCCGUGAUAAAUACGUGAGAAAAUGGCCGAGAACACUUAUGAAUAUGAAUGUAUGCGCGCAGAGCUGUUAGGAAUAGAAAAACCAGAUUAUGAAGAGUAUAUGAAGAACAGACCCCCAGAAGCUGAAAGAAAAGAGGUGGAAGAGGAUGAGACUGAUUCAGAGAACAUGAAGGUAAUCGAUUCUGAUCAAGAAGGAAUGAGGCGUAUGUCAGGAGGCCUAGAUGAGCUCAACUCUAUACUGAAAAGAACACAAUCGAAGAUAAAUAAGUUUAAGGCUACCUGUGGUCCGAUCACAAACCUAAUCAGGAUCAAGAUGUCCAGCAGAUCAGGCUCAGCAUGCUCGCUGGACGAAGAUAGACAAUCUGACGCAGGACCCUCCUCUAAUGAUCCAUCCCACUAUUCUUGUGCAACGAAAACAGAACCCGAUUCGGUUAGAGAAAAAACAGUUGCUACAGAAUCAACUGACGAGACGGUACCGGUGAAGAAAAGUGAAUUGAGGAACGCCUUAGACUAUGAUAUCAACAAACUCGACGGCUUGAUAGAAAAGGCUGAAAAUGCUCAGUACUCGAUGGCUCAUCAGAGCAAAGAAAUAAAAAAGUUCUUAAAAUAAUGGUCUUAAUUAUGUGUCUAUUCUACACCAAUGCAUUAUUCAUGGAUACAUUUUAAAAAACCGUACAGAGGUCAUCUCAGGGGAAUUCCCUUUUUCAAUAUCCGCCAUGAAAAAUACUAAACAGCAUAUAAAACUGUCACACAAACUUUAAGCUGCUAAUAUGUCUGCAAAUAGUUAAGGUUUCUCUUCUACGUCGUAGCAAAAUAUAACUAAAACGAUAAUCUUACAGAUCUUCGAAUCUUUAGCUCAGGUUGGCUUUGCAGCACGUGAAAGAGCAUGUUAUUAGUAAGAAAUAUGGAAUUGAGGUAGAAUGGAAGAACCAUUUCCAAUAAAAGAUUAGUAAAGAUUUAUCUUAUACAUCGUCUCAUAUUCUGUGUGUACCUAUUUACAUUUAACACUAAUUGUAAGACAAUGAAAAUACGUCAGGUAAGCUUAUUUGCUAAUUGUACCUAUAUAUAUUGCAGGUAGGAAUAAAAAUAAGUGCAAACUGUUGAUAUUUUUAAGAUUUUACGUGUAAAAAUAUAUAAGGAAUACUGUAGAGCCUUUGACAUAACGAUGAAAUAAAAAUUAAAAGUUU